UCUCUCUCCGGUCUUUGCACACUGUAUUUGGUCGGUUCCUCCGCCCUCCAACUUGGAGCUGCGAAUUCGAUCUCGCCUUCCUUCGUUUUGCACCCGCGGCGCCCGGAUUCGAGCCGGGCCGUCGAAACCCUAGCGCCCCCCCCCCCCCUCCGCCCCAAACUUUGGGCGCCGGAGCGGAGGGCGAUGGCGGCGGAACUGGGGCAGCAGACGGUGGAGUUCUCCGCCCUUGUGCGACGAGCCGCGGAGGAUUCCUACCUCGCCCUCAAGGAGCUGGUGGAGCGGUCCCGGGCGCCGGAGGACCAGCGAUCCGACUCCGAGAAGAAGAUAGACCUCCUCAAGUUCAUCGCCAAGACUCAGCAGCGGAUGCUCCGCCUCCAUGUGCUCGCCAAGUGGUGCCAACAGGAAAAGUAGUAGCCAAAUUCUGUGCAAAAUACCUGCACACUCAAAUUCUCAAGUAUGAGCCUCAGUUGGGUGGUGAUUUAUCUGCUUCAGUACAAAAAGCAUUUUUAAGAAUGGAUGAGAUGAUGAAAGGACAGAGAGGAUGGAGGGAAUUAGCUGUACUGGGGGACAAAAUGGACAAGUUCACAGGUUUAAUUGAAGGAUUGAUAUGGUCCCCAAGGGGUGGUUAUUCCAGUGAACAUUUAGAUGAAUGGGCAUAUGAGGAGGGACCACAUUCUGAUUUCUCUGGACCGACAUCUGGAAGCACAGCUUGUGUGGCAGUCAUCAGAAACAACCAACUCAUUGUUGCAAAUGCUGGUGAUUCUCGUUGUGUACUCUCGAGGAAGGGUCGGGCAAUUAGUUUGUCAACAGACCACAAACCAUAUCUUGUUGAGGAGAAGGAAAGGAUCGUAAAAGCAGGUGGUUUUAUUCAAGCAGGACGAAUAAAUGGAAGCUUAAACCUCACUAGAGCAAUUGGCGACAUGGAAUUCAAGCAAAAUAAGUUUUUACCUGCUGAGAAGCAAGUUGUGACAUGCAAUCCAGACAUAAACAUUGUGGAGCUAUGCGAUGAUGAUGAAUUUCUCAUUUUAGCAUGUGAUGGAGUCUGGGAUUGCAUGAUAAACCAGCAACUGGUGGAUUUCAUCACUGAGCAUAUAAAAACGGAGAGCUGCCUGUCUGCAGUAUGUGAAAGAGUGUUGGACCGGUGUCUGGCACCAUCCACCAUUAGUGAAGAGGGAUUGGACAACAUGACGAUGAUACUGGUGCAAUUUAAUAAGCCGAUCAGACCUGAUGCUCCUCAUACAUAAAAAUGAUGAUAUGCUGGGUGAGACUGAAGUUCCAAGUGAUCCUUCUAUCCUGCUGUAGAUUUGAAGUGUGUUGUACAUAGCAAUAUAUCCUCUUGAAGGUUGUAGCGUAUACAUUUGGACAAAUCAUCAUAUGGCAAUGAAUUAGUUGCGGGUGAUCCCAAAGUUCCCAUCUUUAACCCGAUAGUUAGUAUCGAAUGUAUAAAGCACUAUUCAUUUGGUUUACGGAGUGCUGAAGAACUAAAUGGUUGACUUUACUCUUCUCAUAUGACAUGAUGACCUAUGGAUAAAAUCGCAUGAUGUGUAUUUUCUUAAA